AGUUCGAGAGCAGCUACGUCAACAUGGCGGACGCGAUUGAAAGUGAGUAGAAAAUUUCGGCCGAUUUCCCGAGCCAGCACUUAUCACCUCGAUUUUCAUCGCUUCUCUUCACCGUCAUCCAACUCAUCGAGAUCUCGGCUCUCCGUUUUUCCACACCCGGACAAACAGCUCGACGAGGCUCGUCGAUGCUUCGAAUCGCCGUUUGAAUUUCGCUCGGACGAGGGUUCAAAAUUUCAAAAGUCCGAGAGCAGUGCAGAGCUCUCGCCUUCGUGUGGUGUGUGUGUGUGUGUGGGUGUGUGCUGCAGUCUCGUACUCUCGGCCCUUUUAGCUGCACGCGUCAGUGAGAAGAUCGAACUUGUAAACGGUUUGGGAAUUGCAUCCUCGGCCGGGAGUUCGACUUCCUCAGUGAAAAUAACCGCGAAACUUUUUCGGGCAGUGCGUAGGUCUAUAGCCUAUAUACGCGCUCCUGCUGGACAGUUGUCGUAGGCGACGUCGUGCGCUGGCGUUCGAUUCACUGCUGCGAAGCUGCAGCUUGGUUAUGUUCGACUUCGGCUCGAAUUUUUUCUCUCGAACCGCGAAACGCCUCGGUUCUUCUCCUGCACUUCGCUUCUUUUUCCCGAUUUGCACAUGCAAUUAGUCGACGAAUCCGAAGAUUAGACGCUUUCUAUUCCGGAGCUUCGUCACUCUUAUCUCGAACUGCUGAUCGGGUCUCUACGAGAAGUAAACAAUAAUUCGAAAGUCGCGCAGCAGGGAGGAUGCUCGGUCGUUUGAAAAACAGCAGCAGCAGCAGCAGCAACAGCAGCAGGCGCAAAAAUGAGUCUGCUGAGACUUUAUUGUCGAUUAAGAAUGGAGGAUAUUCUAAAAUUGAAAUAAAAAGUGAAAUAAUAGACGAAGAAAUGGAGCUCAUGGAUGAGCAGCAGGCUUCUAAUAACAACUCUUUGGAGAUGGAAACCGAAGAGUCAGAGCCGCUGCAGGAGCUGGGUCCUGCUGUUUUGGGUUUGCAAAGAGUUGGCACUAAGCCACCGCCGAAGCCAAAUCCACCUCAGCCCGUACAAGUGCUGAACCGUAGAGGGAUGCCUGCUAGAAUAAGGAAAAAGAACAAACUGUUCUAUGAUGAUAUAUUAGUUAAUCAUCCUCAUCACAGAGUAAAGAAAGAUCCAGAUUCCACCCCAGUUAAACCAUCACCAAAGAAAAUUCCACGUCCAUCACCUGCUAAGAAACAAGCUAAAGUUGUUCAUCAUGAACCUAAGAGAUCAGUUUCAACACCCUCAACACCUGUAUCCAAACCUAUAAAAAUAGAAAAACCACAAACCGCUGAGAAACAGCCACAGGCACCUUCUUCACCGGAUAGGAAAAUAGGUCAGAAGAUUGGUAUGAGACUUAGAAAUCUGCUAAAAUUACCCAAAGCACACAAAUGGGUAUGCUAUGAAUGGUUUUAUAGUAAUAUUGACAAAACCCUUUUUGACGGUGACAAUGAUUUUAUGAUAUGCUUGAAAGAAUCAUUUCCACAAUUGAAAAGUCGUAAACUAACGCGAGUAGAAUGGUGCAAAAUUCGACGAAUGAUGGGAAAGCCAAGAAGGUGUUCGCAAGCAUUCUUUGAAGAAGAGAGGAGAGAACUGGAGAGAAAAAGACAAAAGAUUCGUAUGCUCCAGCAACGAAAGGCAGCUGAUGCUCAGGUCUUUAAAGACUUGCCACCAGAAAUCCCAUUACAAUUAGUUAUUGGAACAAAAGUUACUGCAAGACUGAGGAAACCACAAGAUGGACUUUUUACAGGAAGUAUAGACGCUGUUGAUACUAGUAAUAAUACGUAUAGAAUUACAUUCGAAAGAGCCGGAUUAGGAACGCAUAGUGUACCUGACUAUGAAGUUUUAUCAAAUGAGCCACCAGAAACAAUAAGCGUUGCAUCAUUUACACAUAAAUUUAGGCCUAGACAUGUGCAAUACGUACCAUCGCCAGCAUAUGCGAUGAAAUUGGCUUCACCGCGAUUGAACAACGAUCCAUUAAUAUCAAAUGCCACCAUUGCGAAAAAGACGCAUGUUGGAGGCACCAUGAAUGGUUAUCCAGUAACGUUCCUUGAAAAUAUAGUGAAAGUAUCAAAAAUUUUAUCCAUCAAAAAGAUAAAUAUCAAAAAGUUAAAGGAAAUGAAUAGUGAAGCUGAAAAACGAAGAUCCGUUGGAGAAAAUUUUCCUCCUGAUUUCGAACGAAAAUAUGCAGGGAUCGUAGUAGAACUAGACAAAAUGAAUACCGAUCUACAAGAGCUGUUAAAUGACGUUCAAGGGACAUGCCAUGAAAUAGCACCAGAGGCAAGCAUUACAGCAAUGUUAACACCAUCACAUCUUAGGGAAAAAUGUCGACAAGAAGCAGCUGACAUGGUUGCGAAAAAUCACGCUAUAAAUGAUAAUGCUCCUACAAAUAUGAAUCAACUUGUUACAGAUCUUACAGCUCUUAUGUUGCAAGUAAAAUAUUUAUCAGAUUCCGACAGAAAUGCUUAUGAAUUAAAAGUGUUGCAAGGAACAAUGGAGCAAAUAAGAUCCAAGCUCACACCAUCAAAUCAACAAGUUUUUCAAAACUGCGUUGAAAUUCAUAUGCAACACAUACAAUUGGGAUUAGGACAAAUAGGUGCGUUAACGCCUUUCAUGGCGCAAAAAAUGUAUCAAUAGAUUUUUAAAUAUAUAUAUAAUUGUAUUAAAAAGAUAGAGGCAAAGGACGUCGCGAAAAUUUAUACUGAUAUUGGCUUAUCUUGAAGAAAGCGCCAUUACUUUUAAUAGAUGUUUACGUGUAAAGAGUAUAAUUUCGUAAUUUUAAGAGAGUCGUUUAUGAAAAGUCAGGUGUAACGUACAUGAUAUAUUUUAUGUUUACUUGUAUAUAUACACGUACUUCAUGUUGGCGCCAAUCGUGUCAAUGAUCAUUUACCAUCACAAUUCACGUAUAUCAUCUACUAAUAAUUAAAAAAUUGUUGGGCGAACAUAAUUAUUGUAUAAGCAGAUUUUUAUUUUCCAAUAACUUGAGAGUUGGAAAAAUGAUAUGAAAAUUAUAUAUGUAUACAUGAAUGAAUAGUCAUACAGAUAAAGUAUUUGACGGUAAUCAUGCAUUAAAUGAAAAUGAAUUAAUCUAUGUAAAAAGGUUUCUUUUAGACAUUCAUAUUUUCAAAUGAUAGUAGCAAAAGUAGUUAUAGUGUUGGAUUAUAUUACAACUUAUUUAGAUCCACAGAAAAUGAAUUAUGUUUUUAAAAUGUGUAUUUCGAAAUGAAAUUAUUGAUAUAAUAUUAAAUUUAGUAUAAUUAAAUUUAUUCAAAGAGGUAGAAGUCAAUUACCCAAAAUAACUAAGGUUUGUCUUUUUUAUCUAUAAAUAUUUCUAUAAGAAGAGAUAAAUCUUAUACGUUAACUGACUUUUAUUUCUUAAUGACAAAAGUAGAUGAAUGUGAAUUUUAUUCGAAUACCCAUUUUAAUUUAAUUAGUACAUUAUCAUAAUAUAUAAAGCGUUAUAUGCAAGACAAAUGUACAAUAAUAUGUUUAUUAAGUAUCCACAUCAUUAACAAAAUUCUAAUUUUUGUAGUUGAAUUAAAACUGCAAACGUAGACUUAGGUGGUUCUUUUCAUGUCAUAACAGUCUGUAUUUCAAAUGAAUUUUUCACUCAUAAAAUGAAGCCUUAUUUUAAAAGUUGUGUAAAUAAACUAUCAUUAAAAAAA